AUGGCGAGAUAUAGAAAUCCAAAAUCAUCUUCCACAAAUGAAGUUUAUUCUAUUAUAUCAACUCUAUCUAAGGCUGAGAAUUUAAACCUUGCUGUCCAGUGUAUUCAAAAUGUGGCUCAAGAAUUCCAGGAAAAUGAUCAAGAAGAGCCAGCUCCAAGUGUGAGAAAAUAUAUUUCAUAUGUACGUCGGUCAUAUGCAGGGCCGGAAAAUCAGUUAGACCGAGAAGACUCGGAAGGCUAUAGCGAGUCUUCUUCUUCAUAUAAAUUUAGUGAAAGUCGGCCACCAAGUCGAACUGAUGGGUCAACCUUUCAUAGCGAGUCUAUAGGCUAUGCUGAUGAUUCUAUUGAAUACAAAGCUAUGGUUUUCUCACACUCCAUUACUAAAGUAUACCGUGAGCACAGUUUUAGAUCGAUCUGAGAACCCCCUUUCACCUCCCCCCGUCCCUUGACGGUUUCAGCUUUAUUGAAAUCUACAAAUUGAAUUUGACUUGUCAAAUCCUUAGUGAGGGACUUGUCAUUUUGAAUUAACAAUUUCGUUCAAACUGAAACCGUCAGGGGGGUGGGGGAGGGGAGGGGGAGUUUCAGGUCGAGCCAUACUUGUUCUGAAGGUAUAAUGAGGAGACGUUAUAAUCACAUUUUUAAGCUUGUAGUUCAUCCUUUGUUUGAAAAAAAUCAAAUUAAUCUGCUAAUUUCCAUUGAAUUAUUGAGAAAUAUUUGAUUUUUUUUUGGCUUUUUAUGAACUUUUUUAAUUGUUGUUUAAUAUUUAAAUAAAAACUUUUAUUCAACAAUUUUUUAAAUUAAUUAAUAGUAAUGUCAUAAAAUUCAACAUCAUGAAAUUAUUUGCUAGACACCUUAAACACUUAAUUUAAUAUAAAUAUAAAUUCUAAUAAUUUAAUAAUCUAUGCUCAAUUAAUAACGAAAAAUAAGCGUCAGUUAUUAAAUAGCGGAGUAAGGAUAAAGUCUCAUCGUACACAUGUUCACAAAAAAUUCAAAAAAAUUAAAUUAACACCUUCAGAAAAAAAGAAUAUUCUGACUGAAUCAAUAAAACGAAUGGUGAUGUCAACUAAAAUUCACUUAGAUCAGGAUGCUUUAUAUAGAUGAUAUUUUCAAAGUGUAAAAUCCCAUGUUUAUGUCCCAAAAUUUAAAGUUUUACCCCAUUCACGAUUAACAUCAGGGGUUGGAGUUUUAGAUCAUAUCAUUCGCUGUGGAACUUUAAGGUACCAUGGGCUUAUGAAGGAAUUUCUUAUCAAAUGAAAGGCAAAUACUCGAAUAUUUUAUGAUAAAAUUGAUGAAAUUCAAAACCACAAGAGUGCAAUGAAAUGGCUAAAAAAACUUAGUUGAGCAAGCGUACAUUUUUAUAACACAAAUGCCUAUUUAAGCGUGUGUGAAGGUUUUUUUAGAUGAAAACAGCUAGUACUUGAGGACGAAAUUAAUGAAACUAAGCGAAAAUACGAAGAUUAUGUAUCGUCUGCACAAAAUGUAGCACUUUUUGGAUUAUCAAAAAUAAUGAUAUUUAAAAAAAAAAGCUAUUUUGAUGAUAUAAAGCAGAGAUCGUUUAAACUGACGAUUCUGAGAUGCAAGCUUCAGCAUUUGUUACAUUUAAUCAAAAAAAGUUUGAGAACUUGGCUUAUAAGAAUGAAAAAGCCCAAAGUUUCACAAGAGACUAAUGGAAAAUCACAUUUACAGAAUUUAGCACAUAUUGUUAGGUAUAACAUAAAAACAGCAUUUUUUAAAUGGAAAUCAUUGCACAAAGAUGAUGCUUUGUUGAGUUCUGAAAGAUUUAAAUUCAGAAAAACAAUUUUAUAGCAUUUGUUUUUUAAUUUUGACUAUCUUCUCAUAAUAAAAUAUUCUAUUUUUAACUAAAAUAAUUUUAUAAUAUAAAUGCUAGUAUUUAGAUUAAUCAUUAUCAAUAUACGAAAUUUAAAUUUUAUAUUAAACAGAGAUCUCUUAAGAGCUUUUGAAACAUGAAAAAGCCCAGAAUACAUUGAAGAGGUAGAAGAAAUUGAAACUGUCACAAGGAAUGUUGUAACAAGAGUCGAUGAGGUUAUUGCAGUGAAAAUUUUCACACCAAAGCAAAAAGCGUUUACUUCAUUGGAGUAUAUGGAAGAGCACAAAGCAGAGCCAUUAAAAAAAUCACAUAAAAUUAUUAAAGCAGCUCUAAGAAACUUAGAUCAUAUUCUUAUGAUCUGUGUUCUUCAGGCAUGGACAAAAUGAAAUCAGCAAGUUUCUGGGUCUUUUAUUGAAUUUCCUAAACAACAAAAAAUAAUAAAGUUCGCGUCUUAUCAGCUUUCCUAUAAGCCUCUGUGCAGAAUUGAAUCUUCACUAAAUCUUGACAAGUCUUUUGUGUACUCAGGAGAAAGUUUUUAUAAUUCAACCCUUGACACUUCGAGCUUUUUAAAAAAUGUUAAUCAAGAAGAGUGCCCAGAAGGCCUAAGUCAAAUUGUAUCUUACCUGUUUAACGUCAAAUUGCAAAAAUCUUCCCUUUCUAAGGUCACCUUCUUUGCAUGGCAGGCAAAAUCACAAGAAAGAAACCUCAAAAGGAAAAAUCUUCAUACACUUAUCAAAAUUAUAGAAAAUUACCUUACUCCCCCCUCCGUGAGUGAACAAAAACCAUUAGAAAAAUCCCUAUUUUUUGCCUAAAAACCCACCCUCCGUGAGUGAACAAAAAUUUUUUUUAAUAGAAAAAGUUUUUAUGAAAAAUUUUGAUAUAUAAGUGAUAAUUAUAUAAUGAAAUCUCUGGCUAAUUCUGUUUAAUUUUAAGCAAGUUGCGUUUUAAAACAUAAAUUUUAUAAAUUAAAUUAAUAUUUGCUUUCCAAUUUUUGCGAAUUAGAUUUUUUUUAAAAAAAAAAUUAACCCCCACCGUGAGCAAACAAAAUUUUUUUGUUCGCUCACGGAGGGAGGAGUUAGGAAAACAGAAAGAAAAUUCUUUGAAAAAUGGGUGAGUAUUGCGUAA